AUGGCCUUCUGCACUCACGUGGUGACUGCCAUGGGCCGCGCAAAGGAGGCCGACCAGGCCUUCGCCUUCGGCACCUUCCUGCGGCGCAGAGGGCUGGACCUGGACACCUUCUUCUGCAACAACUGGCUUCAGGCCGCUUCCGCUUCCGGCGGACGCUGGGAAGCGCCACUGGGAGUUCUGCUGGAGAUGAUGCACGUGGGCCCUCCGCCAGACGUGGCCAGCUUCGGCCUGGCAGUCUCCGCGUGCGCAAAGGCCACCCAGUGGCGCAGGGCGCUGGCCCUCUGCGAGAUGCUGCCGAGCGCCGGGCUGCGGCCCAACGUUGUAAUCUGCGGGGCGGCCGUGGCCGCUUGCGAGCAGCAAUGGGAGCGAGCGGUCCACUUGCUGCAGGCCAUGCAAGGCGCAGAGGUUGUGCCCAACGUGGUGUGCUUCAGCGCCGCCAUCAGCGCCUGCCAAAAAGGCAAGGCCUGGCCAAGCGGACUGGCCUUGUUGGCGGAGAUGCGGCAGGAGUUACUGGCGCCGGAUCUCAUCGCCUACAGCUCCGGCAUCUCCAGCUUGGCGUCGUGCACCCAGUGGCAGCGGGCGCUGCAUCUGUUGCGGGAGAUGGAGGCCGCCGGGCUGCGGCCCAACGCCCACUGCUACAACGCUGCUGCAGAUGCACUGGCCAAGCCUCAAACUUGGGCCAAGGCGCUGCAGCUGCUGGAGGCCAUGGCCCACAGCAGCUGCCCGCCAGGCCGGGAGGCCUUCACCAGCGCCCUCCGCGCCCUGCGAACCAGGUGGCAAGUGAGUCUUGCGCUUUGGGCGGAGAUGAGGCGGAGCUGUGAGGCGGAUGUGGUGGCGGCAGGGGCGCUGCUGGCGUCUGUGGCAUCCCUGGUGGCGACAGCGCCGUUGGAGAAGUUGCUGCAGGUUCUGCAGGAGAUGACGUCGGAGAUCUUGAGGCCAGACGCGGUGUCUCUGGCUGCGUGCCUGGACGCCUGCGAGCGCCGCGCCCACGCGCGGAGCGGCAGGGAGCUGAUGCGGCGCCUGGAGGGCGAGGGCGGUUGA